AUGGAUCGGAACACAGAGCCCGAGUCUGCCCCCAUAUCCACACGAAGAAGAAGGAGCAUUGUGACAAUGACGGAGACACAGCUGCUAUCAAUAGACCUCAGUCUCAUGUCCACAGAGAUGUUCCCGUCUGUCGCCGAGAACGAGAAACAUAGUCCAGGAACAACGAUCACAGAAAAGGAGGCCGGUCCAAGCACGGAGAACGACCAAGAGAAGGGCAAAGGUCCGAACAAUGAUAUACCAGUGACACCGAUACCAAAGUACUUAUCAGGUGCCAAGCUCUGGAUUGUCAUCACAUGUGUAAUUGUUGUUGCCUGGUUGAUGUUCCUUGACAGUUCUAUCAUUGUUCCCGCUAUUCCAGCGAUAACUGACGAGCUUCAUUCUUUGCAAGAUAUCGGUUGGUAUGGCAGUGCCUAUCACGUUUCUAAUGCCGCUUUCCAGCCGCUCACGGGUAAAAUCUACCGCUACUUCAGCUCAAAGCUCCCGCUAUUCUGCCCCCAAGUGUGGCUGCGGCCGCCACACGACCGCCGGUCUCGGGCACAUACCCUCGUUAAGUACUGCUCUAGCCUCGGUUGUCUAAUAGCUCUUAUGGGACUGGUCAUCGGACUUGCAAACUCUGGCAGCGUUUGCGGUCCUGUUCUUGGUGGAGUACUGACCGACUAUGCCAAUUGGCGUUGGACAUUUUACAUCAACCUCCCGAUUGGCGGCGUCGUCCUUCUGUUUCUGGCAUGGUGCGAGAUUCCCGAUCAGGUGCCGAAACCGAGUCCUAUGGCGGUCAUUGCGAAAUUGCACACGUAUCUAGAUUUUACCGGCUUUUCGUCAUGCGCUGGUGCUGCGGUGUCACUUCUCAUGGCCCUCGAGCUUGGUGGGAACGAAUAUGCUUUUAACAGCCCCACGAUGAUAGGAUUGUUCUGCGGCUCUGCUGUGGCUCUCGUAACAUUCUUGGCCUGGAACUAUCGAAAAGGAGAUGACGGGCUCAUCCCAUCAUCAAUGGCCGGUAAGAGGCCCGUCUGGUCCGCAGCCGCUACAAACUUCACCUUUGUUGGCUCGGCGAUGAUCCAGAUCUACCUGCUCCCGCUCUACAUACUUCCAGGCAGUACAAGGCGCCACGCCGGUCCAGAGCGGGAUCAACGUUUUGCCAAGCAUCUUGUCACAGCUAGCUUUCGCCUACGGCGGAGGCGUGCUAGGUACGGAAGCCUAUGGAAUUAUUCCACAUAUAAUUUGAGUUUAGCUAACGUCCUUGUCACCCUUCAAGUCGAGUAUGUGUAUUCCGCACCCACACGUUGGGUAUCCCGCACCCAUACUAGGCUCGUUCAGGCAAGUGGUGGGCAGCACGUGAUUGCACCGCCGCAGGCGCCACUUCUGGCCCGGAAUCACUAUUAUUCCGGCAACUUCUGGAGAAUGGAAGGCGCAUCCCGCCUUGGUCUCCUAUACCUUCCUCUGCUGCACCUUCCUCUGCUGCACCUUCCUCUGCUGCACCUUCCUCUGCUGCACCUUCCUCUGCUGCACCCUCUUUCCGAUACUGGCUGUACGCGUUUUUCAAAACGACGACUUUGA